CCAUGACGCUGCUCGCUACUGCGCCUGCGCUAAAGGUAGACAGCUGAUAACUCAUCUAUUAUGCUACUUCGCUAAAUAAAAAUCUUCCUGAAAACUGAGCGGAGCUCGCCGUUGGAGGCACCGGAGGACCGAAAAACAAAGUCGUGCGAUGGGAGUUUGUCUUAUUGAAGGAAACAUUGAGCUCCAGAAUCAACAUCAACAACUGAACUGAUCACACACCAACCCACACCGUGUGCCCUCACACACACACACACACACACCCUCAGACCACAGGGGGAGUUGUUUUUUCACCUUAGGGUCAGACACUGCCGUCCCACAGUGUAUUGCUGUGUCCCCGUCGUCCACCAUGUCGGACGCCCCUGAGGCUGCACCCCCCAGCCCCCCUACCCCCACCAACCCGCCCCCACCUGAAGUCACAAAUCCCACCAAACCUGGCAGGAAGACCAACCAGCUGCAGUACAUGCAGAACGUGGUGGUGAAGACUCUGUGGAAGCAUCAGUUCGCCUGGCCUUUCUACCAACCUGUCGAUGCCAUCAAACUCUGCCUGGCGGACUACCACAAGGUCAUCAAGAACCCGAUGGACAUGGGAACCAUCAAGAAACGUCUGGAGAACAAUUAUUAUUGGAGCGCCAGUGAGGCCAUGACAGACUUCAACACCAUGUUCACCAACUGUUACAUCUACAACAAGCCCACAGAUGACAUCGUCUUGAUGGCACAGGCCUUGGAGAAAAUCUUCCUGCAGAAAGUUGCUCAGAUGCCUCAAGAAGAAGUCGCUCUGCUGCCUCCAGCUCCCAAAGGAAAGAACAAGAGCAAACAGCCUGCUGCUGCCACUACAGUGAGUCAGCAGGCGGAAUCUUCAGCCUCCCCUCCCCCCUCAUAUCCGUCCCCAUCUCCCUCUCAGACUCCUGUCAUCUCGACCACGCCCACACCUGUCCAGACAACGCCCCCUGUUUCUGCACCACAGCCCCCGACAACCAUGAUGCCAUCUGCACAGCCUGUUGUCAAGAAGAAAGGUGUGAAAAGGAAAGCCGACACCACCACUCCUACCACGUCGGCCAUAUCUGCUGGGCGUGCAGACUCUCCGUCCGCCCAGGACAACAAACCAGCCAAACUAGGCUCAUCAAGACGCGAGGCUGCCGCCCGUCCAGCAAAGACCCGCAGAGAGACGGUUGAGGAGCUAGCAGGUGGUGAGGUGGGAGCUGGUGCAGGGGCAGUCGGGGGGAGGAAAGGCAGUAAGCUGGGUGAGCAGAUGAAGCACUGCGACGCCAUCCUGAAGGAGAUGCUUUCUAAGAAACAUGCAGCAUACGCCUGGCCUUUCUACAAGCCAGUGGAUGCAGAGGCGCUGGAGCUGCAUGACUACCAUGACAUCAUCAAACACCCCAUGGACCUCAGCACUGUUCGGAAAAAAAUGGACAAAGGAGAGUACAGUGACCCUCAAAGUUUUGCAACUGACGUCAGGUUAAUGUUCUCCAACUGUUACAAGUACAACCCUCCAGAUCACGAGGUGGUGGCAAUGGCCCGCAAGCUGCAGGAUGUAUUCGAGAUGCGUUUUGCCAAGAUCCCAGAUGAAGGCUUGGAGGCAUCAGUCCCAUCUACAACCCCAUUGGUCAGUAAAAGCACCGCCUCCUCUGACAGCAGCAACAACUCCUCCUCCGACGAAUCAUCAGACUCAGAGGAGGAGAGAGCCACGCGAUUGGCUGAGCUACAGGAGCAGGUUGGUGCUGCCGACCAAUCACAGUUGAAGGCAGUGCACGAGCAGCUGGCCGUCCUGUCCCAGGCUCCAGUCAGCAAGCCAAAGAAGAAGAAAGAGAAGAAAGACAAGGAGAAGAAGAAGGAGAAGGAAAAAGAUAAAGGGAACAAAGGCAAGAUGGAGGAAGAGAAGAAGCCCAAGGCUGCUGCUCAGCAGCCUAAACCAGCCAAUCAGAAGAAAGCGCCAGCCAGGAAAGCAAACAGCACGGUGACCGCCACUAGGCAACCUAAGAAAGGUAGUAAAGCCUCUGGCUCGGCCAAUGGAGACGAUGGUGAGGAGUCAUCCCUGCCGAUGUCAUAUGACGAGAAACGCCAGCUGAGUUUGGAUAUAAACAGGUUGCCAGGGGAGAAGCUGGGCCGCGUCGUCCACAUCAUCCAGUCAAGAGAACCAUCGCUGAGGGAUUCCAACCCCGAUGAGAUCGAGAUUGACUUUGAAACCCUAAAACCCUCCACACUCAGAGAGCUAGAGCGCUAUGUCAAAUCCUGCCUGCAGAAGAAGCAGAGGAAACUACUGCAGAAGGCAGCAGGAGGUGGGGCCUCAGGAGGCGGGGCUAGUCGUUUGAGUGGCAGCUCUUCUUCCUCCUCUGAUGACAGCUCCUCAACAGGAACCUCCUCUUCCUCCGACACGGACUGAACACGCAUAAACACAUACAUGUUACUGAACACACACACAGAGGUUUAUCCACUUGACAUACACACAAACUCAUCCAUAGAGUUAACACAUGCAGAUACAGACUAUCACACACAUCUAUGUAAACUUCCAUGCUGAACAAACACCCACACAAGCAAAGACAGAUUCACACUCUGAACUUCUGACAACACACCUCUACACCCAUGCACACACACACACACACACACACACACACGCAUACACAUACACAGGCCCAGACUUGGAGACUGUAUGUAAAUAGGCUGACCUGUUUUUUAGCUCCUAGUGUUUUUUUUUUUCUUUUCUUUUCUUUACUUUCUCGAGAAAUGCAAAAUGAUGGAAGAGAAGAAGAAGAAAGCAACAAUUUUCCAUGGAAGUGAAGAAGAAUAUAGGAGGAAGACAUGGUAGAAAGACAGGCAACCUGUCUGUCUGGGAGAAGCUUUGAUCUUUUCUGAAUAUAUGUUGCUGUCAUGAAGGCUUUCUUCUUCUCCUUUUUGUUGGACAGCUGGCUGUGACCCCAUACCUCUAAAAACAUUCCAGAAGCAUCUAAAGAGCAUCAUUGGAGAGGAGUAGGUGAUCUCAUUGGGUUUUACUCCAAACUGUGCUUGCAUAUUAGUUGAACAGAAGUCGAGCAUCCUCAAAGUUUUGUCUAAAGGUUGAAAACGCCUGUAAAGACCCAUACUCAUCAUGGGACUCACAGUCAAUGCUAAAACCUGGGAAGUAAAGGAAAUUUCAUGAACGAACCAGUUGCUUUUAUAUAAUUUUCACCUGGUCCAUAGUAAAUCUGUCAUGAGUAAAACUCUAAAACAUCAGACUGGAAAUAAUACAACAAUUUAAAAAAUGUUAAAACAUCAAGUUGUUACAUGUCGUUAUUUUCAGGACUCAACAUAUAAAUUCAAAGCAAAGACGCGGAUUUAUGCAAAAGAUACAAAAGAGACAUAGAUCAGUCACCUCAUUGCAUGGGUAGAUUAUUUUUAAAUCUUUGUAACAAUUUUAAGUUUCCUUCUUUUUUUUCAUCUUUUUUUAAUAGAAGAAAAUCCUGGGGACUGUUUUAAGUAUGAUCUGCAGAGAAGGUAAAAGUUGUGUCUGUAGAUUAAAAAUCACCGGUUUGGGUCCUAAAGUUAGAAGGUUUAAGUAUAAACCCUCUGAGAGCGAACCUGUCCUUCGCUGGUCCCACAACAAAAAUUCACAACCUACUGUCUGUCCCUGGGGUCAACAGUGAGUGGGUGGGGGGGGGGGCCAGGAACCCCCCACCACCAAGCGCCAGCUCUGACAGCUUAGAGUGAGAAUUUUUUUUUUUAACACUACAUUUCCUUUAUUUUUCAGUUUUAUGAUUUUUCAGGUUGUGUGCGGAACUUGUGUCUUCUAAGGUUCUCUAUAUAAAAAUGUCUUUGUAGCGCUGUCCUGUCUUCUCCCCACCCCCAAACAAAACCACUCAUACUGUGCAGCCCCCACCCAACCCCAGACCUCAUUAAAACUGAGGACUAAGCAGACGUCAUGUUUUUGGUGGUUUAGAUGUCUUGGUUUAAAUUAAAAUUAAAAUUGUUUGAGCCGACUUUUCUGGAAGAGUAUGAAGGUUCGAUCUUCAACAAAAGUUGAAACAAAAAUAAAAGCUUUCAGAAAUGUUUCUCCCAGAGAAGUUGCAACUGUGUGAAACGACACAAAUCCAUCACUGUUAUAUAUUCUAUGAGAAAAACAGCUAUUUUAUUUUUAUAGUAACUUUACUCUUUGAAAGUCCUAAAUAAAAACAAACUCUCAUUACAAGAAGGCAAAUUCUAGAUUACAUUUUUUUUCUCUGGUAUGACAAUGAAAAGAAAUAUUUCACAAAAAAAAGUGAAACAAAACUUGAUGCAAACUUUUUAAAGCUGCAGAAGGUAGAAGGUUUUCAAAUUAAAAUAUAAUGUAAUGAGGGAACUUUUUUUUAAUGAUCAAAAUGUAAUAAACUGUAAUCCAGUUUACUGUAUAUUUAAGCACCAGUUCAACUUUGAGCUUUAAUUUUAAGUCUUUUUACAUGUUUAUUGAAGCAGAAAUAUGUCCGCUCUGAUUGAGCAAUAGAUUCAAUUCAGUGUGACUGACGCUUUCUAAAUUGGAGAUGUUUGGGGUGAAAUCAAACUGAACUGUCAUGUGACUGCUGGAUGGCAGAUAGCCCAUUUUUGGUUUUGACCCCUGAUUUCUGGUUGUCCCUCUGAUGGUAUCAGACCAGCUGUAAUCUCCAGAAAUGGGUGAUUUUUCUGACUUGUGUUGCAGUCUGUUUUCAUUGGGUCUGGGGUCAAGAUGUGUUAAAAAUUAAAUUAAAAGAAAAGUUAGUUGAUAAAAAAACAAACAUGACCGAAAUCUACAACAACAUGCCCUGCACUGAUUGGUUUAGGUCUACGAGAGCUGUAGAAUGACAUCUUGUAAACCUUUAUAAUAGUGUCAUAAAGCUGUGCCACUUGAAAGUUUCCUUUUGCAGGGAGUUUUAUUUUUCCCACAUUUUGAACCCAUCAUUGUCCAACUAACAGGGUGGGGGUGCUACAGUAUUUUUCUUUUUCUUUCUGACCCCAGUUUCGUUUAUGUGUUGAUCUGGUUUUGCUGCAGUGCUGCUGAUCAGAUCAAUCAGUCUGAUCAAACCAAUCAGAUUAAAUCAUGUGACUUCUCUCAAACACACAGCUCACCUGUCAACCUGUCUGUCUCUCUGUCUGUCUGUUUACUGCUGUUUGUAUCACAGCAAAUUUAUUAAACUCAAAAGUUUUUUUAUGAUCACCCUCUGUUUGACUUUGAACUCCUGCGUACAGUAACAUUAGCAGUGAUGUGCUGAUUAACAAGACCCUUGUUGAAAUAGAUACAAUCAAAAUUCUGGAUAACGCUGCUGGACAGGGACUCAGGCUUUGUUUGUUCAUAUUAAGUGGAGAAGAUUGUUUUGCAGUCCAGGCUUCCUUCAGAUCUUGCUUUCUCCUCUGAGAUGAACAAAACCUCUCGUGUGCAGAUUAUUUGGGUUAAAGAUUCACAAUAAUCCCACUCUUGGUUAGUGAUGUAUUCAGGAAAGAAAACUUUGAAGUGGAAAUUUUGAUUGAUGGGAUAUUAAUCUCAUAAUUCUAAUAAUAAAUAUGAAUCCCUUUUUGUAUAAAGUAAAUCAAUGGACUUUAUUUUUUUAAAUCUAAUUUCAGACUGAAUCUGCUUGUUUUUCUCAAAGCUUUCAACCAAAUGUCAUGGCCUUCCUCAGCUGAUAGAACUGCUAAAUUGUCAUAAAGAUGGUUUAUUUGUUAUCAAAACUAAAAAGUGUUUUCUUUUGGUGUGUGUGAUUUUUUUAACUGUUGUGAGAUUGAAGAAACAUUUGGGAAAAGGAAUGCUGAACUUUAUUUUGGACAUUUUAAAGGCUAAUCUAUAAAUGAUAAAAAUGACAGAAUCAAUAAUGAAUGAUGAGCGUACACAUUUCCUCCAGGUGUGACUGACUGAUGGACAGACAGACAGUCGGACAGCUUGUUGCCACGGUAACCCUCUGUUUGUUUUUAGUUGAUGGUCGAGCUUUGAUGCUAAUAGUUAAUUUUUGUAUUUUAAUAAGAAAAAGGAAAAAAGUGAUUUUAUGUAUUUGCAUGCACUCCGGCCGUAUGUUCUUUCUUCCGUAUGUUUGAGCACUGUAUAGUAGCUGUAUAGUAGCUGUCUGAGGUUUAGACCGAACUCCGCUCAAUAGAGUAGAGACAGAGAGAGAGAGAGAGAGGACGAACCGACGAAAAACCAACAAGUGAAUUAUUUGAUGUAAUUACUGAUAUGGGAUCCUUAUUUUCUGAGUUCCUUUGUUUUCAUAAAUAAACAUAUAAACUGAAA